AGCCCCGCACUUCCGCCUCGCUCCUCCUUAAACGUCAGUGACAAACAUGGCGUUUUCCGUGUUGGUGGGGGAAGUGUCACGUCCUGCCCCGCCCUGAACGAGCACUGACUCGACGUUAUCAGCCUCCGGGAGCGCCGCGGAGGAACCGGCCUGUCAAAAGUACACAGACAUCACGCAUCCCGGGUCCAAUGGUCAGGCUGCUCCCGCAGCGUCCGCGUGCCUCCCGCGCCGAGCUGCCAGACUGCAGGCGGACGUGAACCCUGAGGCUCAGAAAGUUCGUCUGCAGACAUGUCAGAACCGAGCGGGUUCGUCGGUCCCUUCCACAGACCGCGGUUCGCCGCCGCGGCUCCGGCGGGGAAAGCCAAACUCACGCACCCCGGGAAGGCGAUCCUGGCAGGUGGAAUUGCUGGAGGAAUCGAGAUCUGCAUCACCUUCCCUACGGAGUACGUGAAGACGCAGCUGCAGCUCGACGAGAAGGCGAACCCCCCCAAAUACAGAGGAAUCUCCGACUGCGUGAAGCAGACGGUCAGCGGUCAUGGCGUCCGAGGACUCUACCGCGGUCUCAGCUCGCUGCUCUACGGCUCCAUCCCCAAAGCUGCCGUCAGGUUCGGCAUGUUCGAGUUCCUCAGUAAUAAGAUGCGGGACGAGAGCGGGAAGCUGGACAGCAAGCGAGGGUUUCUGUGCGGGCUGGGGGCCGGCGUGGCAGAAGCCGUGGUCGUCGUCUGCCCCAUGGAGACGGUCAAGGUCAAAUUCAUUCAUGAUCAGACGUCUGCAAACCCAAAGUACCGAGGAUUUUUCCAUGGAGUCCGAGAGAUCGUCAGAACUCAAGGGCUGAAGGGAACCUAUCAGGGCCUGACGGCUACGGUUCUGAAGCAAGGCUCCAACCAGGCCAUCCGCUUCUACGUCAUGACGUCUCUGAGGAACUGGUACAAAGGAGACGAUCCCAACAAAACCAUCAACCCCAUGCUGACCGGGCUGUUCGGAGCGGUCGCCGGCGCCGCCAGCGUGUUCGGAAACACUCCUCUGGAUGUCAUAAAGACCAGAAUGCAGGGACUGGAAGCUCACAAGUACAAAAGUACCGUGGACUGCGCCAUGAAGAUCAUGAAGCACGAAGGCCCCAUGGCCUUCUACAAAGGUACUGUCCCCCGCCUGGGUCGGGUGUGUUUGGACGUGGCCAUCGUCUUCAUCAUCUAUGAGGAGGUGGUGAAGGUCCUGAACAUGGUCUGGAAGACGGACUGAGGUGCAGACGGAGCGCUCCGGUCCUGAUGUCCUUACGUCUACCUCCAAGUGUUUUCAAACGGGAAAAAAGAGAAAUUUACUUUAUUAUUAGACGCUGCAUUCAUAGAGGAGCUCUUGGAGGCGGAGCUGCUGCUCACAUUCGCUGUUUUUCCCCCAAAUUCUGUUGCUUUGAGCUCAGGGAUCCAAAGAGCAGAGAGAUGUGAGCACCGACCGAUACUGGACGCACUUAAUCAACGAGAAACAUGCCUUCAUAACGUCAAACACACACAAAGAAAAUGUACUUAAUGAAAGACUUUUCUGAUUUGGUGAUGAUUUCCUGAUGUCCUCUGCAGCGCGAUGCCUUAGAUUCAGAUGAGAACGAGCAGAGAGUUCCUUCUCCUGCUGGGAAACGCACAUUUCCUUUAAGGACCUCCUUUUUAAUGAACACAGAUGUUUUAUGAUAAAUUAACCUGACGGAUGUCUUAAAAAGUGCCUAUGUGUUUAAUGAUUCGCUGUGAGAUUUUGAAUGUCAAACUCGUCACUGCAGACUAUAACUUGCUUCUCCGCCUCACACUGUUCUCUCAUUCCGCUCGGUGUCUAAACGAUUCUUUGUAGGUUUUAAACUUUCCGUUUCUCGAUGCCAUGACGUGCCUUUCAUCGCAUUCCGCGCAGCUGUUAGCGUUUCCUUUGCUGCUCUGCUGCUCGCCGUUUAGGGCGGAGCUCCAGGACGGAGUCUGGCUUGUUUACAUGCUGUGCAGUUCCAGGUUUUCCCGCUCACACAGCCUUUGACACAGAACCUUCUGCUGUGAGCUGCUCUAUUAACAAUACAUUUUACAGCUGUUAUUGUGUCUGAGUUUUGAUAUUAACAGAUGGAAAGUGCUCUAAUAGUUAAAAACUUAAUAUUGUGCCUUGAAACUGAUUCUAAUAUGAAUGCUCAUUAAUAAACAUGGACCAGACUGUUGA